AUGACAGAUGCUAGCCCCGAGCGCAAAGCCAGCACCAGCAGCAGGAAGUCCAAAGAUACGGACGCAGGACAGAGAUCGAACACUCCCGGCGCCUCGGUUGACUCUAGUCUCCUGACACCUAUGGUCAAAUGCUCUGGAGGGACACCCCAGUGCGACCGCUGCGAGAAGAGGGGCGUGAAGUGCGAGUAUAUCCCGAUCCACGUGCAACGACAACAAACCGCUGCGGCCGCUGCUGGUGGCAUCGCCAUCAACAUCGCGGUCGCUGCCAUCGACGCCCAUGCCUUGGCCGCCAUCGGGGCAAGCGCAGUAUGGUCCCACCAUGCGACGCUCCCCGGCCCGAUAUACGACUGGCCAGAGUACUACGACAUGUCGGCGGAGAUGCUCCCCGAUUCACGGCGACAAACGCUUCCCCAUUCAGCGCCAUCAUACCUUGGACCCGACCCGUUCAACCAAUCCCAGGCAGGGCCAUCCUACGAUCGCUAUCAUGGUUAUGAGCAUGGCGUGCCGAACUCUCAGCAUUACCCCGGGUCUGUGGCACACACUUAUGCUUCUUCACCCGGCAGCAGCGGCAGCGCCGCGGGCCAGGCCUUGGGCCUUACGUUGCCCACGGGGAACACUUCGCAGUUGAUGUCGGGCGUCAACCAGAGCACGUCUUAUCCGAACCAAUACUUGCAGGGUCAAGGCUAUUACAAUGAGCCCUCGGGCGCCACGGCAUUUCACGGACAGAACCUCCAAGGAUGGAUGGAUCCCAACGACAUGAACUAUUCUGCGUUUCAAGACGACGCCUUCAAAUGGACGGUGCCUAAGUACUUCCUUCCGGCGAUCAGCAGACUCGCCGAGCCCACUCUCGAUGCGAAGGCGUGA